CCUAGCCUUAGAAUCCAAUAAUUCUCAAUGGGAAUCCAAAUGAAGAAGCAAUGGCUUCAAUUUGGUUGUGUUUUGACAUUUUUCUUGAUUGCCACAUGCACUAUGGCAUAUUCACCUUAUAAUUCUUAUGAAUCAUCAGAUUCAACAAACAAUAAAGUACCAACCACAGUAGUCAAAAGUGAAAACUUCAAGGUACCCUCAGAGUCCGAAGAGGAAUAUAAGUCGUCAUCUUUACCAAAAAUUGAUUACUACAAGAAGCCAUUAGCUUCAGAAGAUAACAAUAAGAAAAUACCGUCUGUUCCCGAACAUGAAUCAUUCUUGCCAAAGAAUGACUACUACAAGAAACCAUUAUUUUCGGAAGAUAACAACAAGAAAGAGUCAUAUGUUUCAGAGGUACCCUCGAAGGCUAAACCAGAAUAUAAAGAGUCAUUUUUGCCAAAAUUUGACUACUUCAAGAAGCCAUCAUUUUUCGAAGACAACUACAAGAAGACGUCAUAUGUUGCAGAGGUACCCUCCAUGGCUAAACCAGAAUAUAAGGAGUCAUUUUUUUCAAAAUUUGACUACUUUAAGAAGCCAUUAGUUUCAGAAGAUAACUACAAGAAGACGUCAUAUGUUCCAGAGGUACCCUCUAUGGCUAAACCAGAAUACAAGGAGUCAUUUUUUCAAAAAUUUGACUACUUCAAGAAGCCAUUAGCUCCAGAAGAUAAAUACAAGAAGGCGCCAUAUGUUCCAGAGGUAUCCACAGAGCCUAAACCGGAAUACAAUGUACCAUCUUUGCCAAAGAAUGACUACUAUAAGAAGCCAACAAUUCCAGAAGAUAACUAUAAAAAGGUGUCAUAUGUUCCAAAGGUGCCCUCAGCGCCUAAAGAAGAACACAAGGCACCUACUUUGCCAAAGAAUGAUUACUACAAGAAGCCAUCAGUUACAGAAGAAAACUACAAAAAGGUACCACUUGUUCCAAAGGUGCCCUCAGUGCCUAAAGAAGAAUACAAGGUGCCUUCUUUGUCAAAAAAUGACUACUACAAGAAGCCAUCGGUUUCUGAAGAUAGCUACAAAAAGGUUUCAUAUGUUCCAAAGGUGCCCUCUGUGCCUAAAGAAGAAUACAAGGCACCUACUUUGCCAAAGAAUGAUUACUACAAGAAGUCAUCAGUUUCAGAAGAAAACUACAAAAAGGUACCACUUGUUCCAAAGGUGCCCUCAGUGCCUAAAGAAGAAUAUAAGGUGCCUUCUUUGUCAAAAAAUGACUACUACAAGAAGCCAUCGGUUUCUGAAGAUAGCUACAAAAAGGUUUCAUAUGUUCCAAAGGUGCCCUCCGUGCCUAAAGAAGAAUACAAGGCGCCUUCUUUGUCAAAGAAUGACUACUACAAGAAGCCAUCACCUUCUCCAUCACCACCACCACCUCCAUAUUAUUAAAUUUCUAUUCAUGUUCAACAUGGCUGUUUAAUUAAAGUCCUUCUCCAGCUCAACAUAUAUAACUCGUGGAGUUCUCAUAUUAUGAGUUAGAAGGCAUGAUAUAAAAAUUUGUAUUUAUUUAUUUAUUUUUCCUUUUCCUUCCUUGGUUUGUAAUUGUUUUGUCAUUUAAUUUCUAUAUUUUGUAUGAGAA